UUAGCUUUGCUAACUAGCAUAGCUCGUAGCGGUUACCCAGGAACUCAAGCGCAGUGAAAUGAAGCGCUACUGCUCUUUGUUUUUAAACCUGACGGUCAGACGUUGCGUAAAUCUUGAUAGCUGGUUAACAUCGCUAAUUCGUGAAUUAGAUUAUGUAAUGGUUAAAGUCUCGCUUAAUUGUUGAAAGUACCAACCAUUUUCAAAACAUUCACUGGCUAGUCGCCUUGCUAACUAGCUAACUUGAUUCACCCGCGAUCCAAAAGCGGAGACUUCAAAACUUAGCCAACACGGAGCUUAAUGCAAAAAAGGUUAAUCAGCAUUUGUUGUUUGUUGUGGCUACCUCCUCUAACGGAUAUCUGUAAGCUUUGCUUCGUCAUUUAAGCUUCUAUUCUGAUGUGAUCCAAACAGUCGAAACCGUUAAAAGUUAGCCUGAAAGUUUGUACUUUCUUCUGGGAGAAUAAAUUCCAAGUGUUUGGAGGAGUCAGUUUUCACUGGCAGUAGGUGUAACCCACCAGCAUGCUCAUUGGACUGUGGAUACCAUAGCCAAAACAGAUCCUGGCUUUUCAAAGAUGACAAGGAGCUUGGAGGCCACAGCAACAAAAUGAUGGGAGGCAGUGAGACUGUCAGCGGGGACAAGGAUGGGGUCCACACCGCUGCAAUACAUGUCCCCAUUGGCUGGCAGAGGAGAAUGGAAGGAGGGAAGGUGAUCUAUGUCAGUCCCAGUGGAGCUGCCCUUUCCACUCUAGAAGAGGUCAAGGCCUAUCUGUUGACUGAUGGUACCUGCAAAUGUGGUCUGGAAUGUCCACUUAUCCUCAAUAAGGUUUUCAACUUCAGCAUAGAUGUGAAAGUGGAACAUCGCAGUCAGCCUUUAGGUAAACCAGAGCAGGAUAUGACCAAACUGUGCAAUCAUCGAAGGAAAGUGGUGGCGAUGGCUGCUCUGUGUCGGAGCAUGCAAGGCUCACAGCAUCCGUUUGCCAAUUUUCAUCAUCCAGAUGUGGGUCAAGGGGACAGCAGAGAUCCAAAACAAGAACCUGCAGAAAGGAAAGAAGACGAUCAUGGAAGUUUUCUUCAAAAGCUCCAGCCAGUCUCGGCUCGAUUCCACAACAACCUCCACCCGAAUCCUUGUGCUAGUCCAAAAUCUCCCCACCACUUCAUCUGUCCUUACAAUGGCUCCCCCUCUGUGCUUCAUACAGGCACCAACUCUCAUCAUGCUCUAGAUCCUAGAAAACUACACCACCCUACUCUCCCAACAUCCUCCACCUCUUCGUCCAGCUCGUCAUUUAUAGCUCACAGCUCUGUUCCAAGGUCUCCGUGCACCCCCACACCUCAGAAAGUCAGUCAAGGUCAACGAACACCCAAAACCCCUGAUGCUCCAAGCUCUCCUCGAUUAGGAGCCCUUUCAUCACCUCCACCCUCUUCCCCUAUUGCUCUUGGUGGAGCUGUAAGAGGAGCACAGAGUCAUACUCAUCACCCCCAUGUUGUCAUUGUGGGAGCUCCUCCUCUUUCUCCUUCUACUCCCCUUUCUCCGUCUGUUCAUAGUUUGAGUGCAUCCCCUCACCAGCGAUCCCGCCACCCCUCAGCCUCUCCUUCCUCUCUGUGCGGGCAGGGAGGAGGCCCAACAGCACCAGAGGGAGGAGAGCUGACGGGAAGCAACUUGCGUCAGAGGAGGAAAUCCACCACCUCCUCCCCACGGUCCCCAGUCCCCAGUGGAUCCCCAAACCCCAGCCCCCAUUUUCCCAAGUACAAACUUGAAGACAUUUUGGAGCAAUUUAAAAACUCAGGCAGCAACAGCACUAAUAAUCACCACCCUCUCAGCAUUUCAAAUCCCUCCCUACUGACCACUCUCAGUAGCAGUAGCUCUCAUGUUGUCUCCUCUAAACCCUUGAAGACUAUCAUGCUUCCAACUGCUAGCGCAGGAACUCCAGGGUUUGGUGGGAACUCUCCAUCGUCCUCUAGUUUACCUCUUGGGCCAUUACUGAAUCACCAUUAUAGCCAUCAAGGCAAGCUGCCACGCCCAGCUUCUUUCCCGGCGAGCAGUUUACUCUCUGCCGCCGCUAAGGCUCAGCUCGCUAACCAGAUAACCCAGGGCCAGGGUUUAAAUGCAGUUACCCCCCCAGGGAGCUUGUCUUCUCUGAAUGUCUUGAAAGAGACACCACAGCAACAAAAGGUAACUAACAGCACUUUACAUAACAGCCACUCCCCUUGUAUUGCUUCUGCUAGGCUUUCCCAUUCCCUCGCUGCAGCUUCUGCUGCUCUCUUUCCCCCCUCCCACUCUUUGGCCCAAUCCCUGGCUUCCACUUUGCCUCACCUGCCCCCCACAGCAGAACAAAAUGCUUCUUACAGGAAGAGACAACGGCGGUCUCCCACAGUCCUCAAAAUGCUUAAAGACACACAGGCCUUGCCUAAUGGAUCACGGAGAACUCCACCAGAAGAUGCUGUAGUUAUCAACCUUUCCUCCUCCUCCUCUUCCUAUCCUUCCCCUUUGCACUCAUCCUCUACCUCAGCGCUGCAGAAUCAGAGUUCUGCAUCGGUGGAUAACCAGAACCAGAACGUCCCCGGACAUAUGGCCAAAGUCCAAACAUCGCGGCACACAGCACACCUUUCCAGGACCGUUCGGCCAAACGAGGCUCUGGAUUUCACUACAAGCCUGACACCUUCACCCUUAAGCUUAGAUCCUCCAACCCAGCCUUUGUCUGCUCUCUUACAUCUGUUGAGUGUGCAAAAUGCACAAACCAAUGCCUCAGCUGCCAACUCCGCUUUAGCUCAGUCCAGAACUGUUUCUGUUGAAGGAGGUGGACACACUAGUAAACAGAGCCCCAAACGGUCAUCAUCUUCUCCAGCUCCUUCUGCCAACAUCAGACUCCCACAGCCUCAGUCCCCGUUCCAAAGAGAUAACACUAAUCCUCUACCCUUGGUGCAACAGCCACUUUCAUCCCCUCACAUAUCCCCACAUUUCACAUCAUCGCUGUCUGUGUCUCCUGCUCAAUCUAAUAAAUCGAGUCCUCCACAAAAGCAUUCCCCCUCAGCGGUGCUUCCCAAGUCAAAUUUAGCUUUCCAAAGCAGUAGCUCAACUCAGCAGAUGACUUCAUCGCCGACAGACAAGCAACAAUCAGCUGAUAAUCACAUUCCAACAUCAGACUCUGUGUCCCAGGCGUCUUCACAGGUACCCUCACCACAAGGGGCUGGGUCAGCAGACAGUGGUAGCAACAGCACAACCACGUCAGUGGACCUGAGUCAGCGUCAAGGCAGCGCUCUGCUGCCGAUCCCCUCCUCUCCAAAGCCUCUCGAUCUUAGCAACCAUGUCUUAGCCUUUCUUGCUGCAUCCUCCACUGUGACACAGGGGAACAGCAACCCCCCCAACGACACAACCAACGUUCAGAUGUCUUCCCCAGAAAACCAGACUGCAAGAUCGGAGGAGGAUGGAUUUUUAGACCCAAAGUCCUCCACAUUGACCAAACGCUCAGCAGCUUCUAGUCCCACGUCUGCUGUCUUGUCACACCAUGAAGACCGUCACAGUCCUCCUACCCCUUCAGCUGUGUCUGAAUCUAUGGCUGCCUUGCCUCUGGCAGAAGCCUUCCCUUUCAUGAACCAGGAUCAGCUGCUCCAGCUACUGUCUUCUACUGGAGGUCUACCAUCUGUUUUGGACCCUGCACUCUUGGCUUUGUUGCCCCUGGGUGGGCUGUGGAUGGGAGGGCAAAAUGCACAGACACCUCCUGCUUCUGUUACACCACAGCCACAGCAAAAUCUCGUAGAGUCGCAGCCACCAGAGGAGCAGUCGAUAUUAAUGCAAGACGCACAACAAAAUCUCCAAGAUCAGCAACAAAAGCAGCAGCUUAACAGCAAUCCUCUGUUUCCCUUGUUGCCACUGUUGAGUGGCACCCAAGGGGAGCUACCACUAAACCUGAUGGGCCUGCAGAAUUUUAUGUCAGCCUCAGCCCCUUCAGCUGGGCAGGAUCUGGAUUUAUCUGAGAAAAACAGUCUUCAGGCGCUAUUUAUGGCAUCUCUGCUACUUGGACAACAGCAGCCGUCUUUGUUACCCCUGUCUGCAUUGGGCCAAAUGAGUCAGGUCAGCUUGGAAGUUCCUAUUCAGCAUUCACAACAGAUCCCUACAACCUUGGAUGGCCUUGCUCUGGAUAAGACCUCAUGCCUGCUGGAGCCAUCCUCUCUGACAGGUCCCGGGCUCCUGGAACUCACGCAGGGACUUCUUCCUAUUACUGCAGGAGCUGAGGGUCCUAUUCAAGCCCUGCACUCCCUGCUCCUUCCUGCCACUCUUCCUCCUCCCCCAGCAGCCUUCCUGCCCUUCAACCCUGCCUUGCUCACCGCUGCCCUGAGCUCUCUUGAGCUCCACCCUCCUCCAAAUACCCAGUUAGCUCCUGCACAGCAAACCCAGCACACCCAACCUCAGGUAACUAGUGAAGCCGGUGUUGAAACCCUCAUUCCAGUCGCUCUCCAAGGCAAAGACAACCCCAUACUUCAACAGUUACUGCCUACUUUGCUAAAUCCUGCUCUACUAGGAGAUGUUUCCGGUGUCACUGGCCUACCAAACAUGUUAGGGAUGGAGGCGGGCUCAAUUCUUCUGUCCCCUGUCCAAGCUUCUGCUUUGGGCAUGUCUCUACUCCAAGGUCCAGAUGGAGCCAUCAAUUUGCUCAACAGUAUACAGCUUAAUCUUGCACCACCAUCUGAUGGGGAAAAGUCAGAUUUAUUGCAGGAAACCCAGAGCCCUGUUCGCCAAGAAGACAUACCAGCUAGUGAAGUUGCUCCAGAAGCCACCCCAAGUCCUGCUCCAGCUCUAACUCCGUCUCCUGCACCAGAAUCCACUCCACUUCCUCACAAAAGAUCAGAGGGCAAGCCUGUCAUUGACCCCUACACUUCUUUCAUGGACACCAUUUAUACCUCUUUCCUUCAGGUCAGUGCAAAAGAGCAGGAAGACGGUGGCCAGCUAAGGCCAACUGACCCAACUUCCCCCUUCUGUGCCUUACCGCCGGUUUCCUUCCCCGUCGAACACCAUUUCCCAUCAACCACCGUCUCAACUUUCCCUCAGGCAAGUUCCCCAGCCACCCUCAGCCCGCGCCGGGCUUGUUCUCUACGCAAUCCAGACUUGUCGCGACUCAACUUGGAGGCAACAGCACAUUCCCCUGCCCAAGGGACACCUAAGCCCAUAGAGGACGGGCAAACAUCUCCCUUACAAAGGAAAACAGCUAUGGAGGGGCACGUCCACCUAGAGCCUCCACUGGCACCUAUAUUUUUGGAGGAAGCCAAGACUGACUGCACUGCAUCUACUGGAGCGGUUUGUCCCUUUGUGGAGGGGGAGUCAGAUCAGCAGGGGCACCUCCCUCAUACAGGAUACCUCAGCCCCAGGGAUGGAGGCAGCGAGAGGCUCGGUCAGGACACAACUGAAACAGUGUUGGACAGUGGACAGGGAGUGGAUCAAGCAGGAGGAGCGAGAAGAGGAAGGAAGAGGAAGCAAACGCUACAGAAUGUGUUGGAAGACUUCAGAGACAUGGAUGCUACAGCACUUGAAGAAAUCAAGGCCGCAACUGUGCUCCUGAAGCCUGAGAGGUCAGUGCGGGGGAGGCGGCGAAGAGGCGCCAGGUCUCUGAGGCAGUGAUAGGUGGAGAAACCAUUCAGCCUCUCCAUAUCCGUGCAUCUUUCCUCUCUCCUCUUUAAAAGAAGCCCAACUGCACUAAUUUGAUAAUGUUGUCAUGUCAAGUAUUGCUAUGGCAACCACUACAAAAAAAAACAUAGGAGAAAUAUGUGGUCAUAUGAUUUUUUUUUAAGUGAAAAAGAUUUUUUGUGGAUAUUUUUUCACUAGGUUUUCUCUUGGGUCACAAAAUAAUGGAUGUUGUGAUCAAAGAUUUUUCAAUUAGGUGAUUUGAUGCUAGAAUGGUCUUGAUGAAAACCAUCAAAAUAACAAACAUGUACUGUUACCUUCUCAUUAGUGGUUUACUGUGAGUCAGGAUGAAAGCCCAUCUACUUGAACGAUGCUCUCUGUUUAAGUGUGUCUGAAUAUGUUUCGAGGAGUGUGUUUUUUGUAUGUUUGAGUGUAUUGGACAACAGUGCUGUUGCUGAGCCCCUACUGACUGACUUUUUGUCAAAUUUAUUUUUGCGACAGCACAGGAGAACCUGUCUGUCUUUGCUGUUGUGUUUCGAUGGUGUUGUAUAUCAAUAGGACGUCUGUAAAGUUUUCACAAAAGUGGGAAAACAUGAGAAAAAAGUUCUGUGUUUUUCUUUCAAAAGUGUGAAAUAACCUCAAAAGAUGAGCCAGAGAAAUUAGUCGGCCUCAAAAGAUGAGGUUUCUUUGGCAGUUUACACCAACCACUGACCACACAGAAAAAUGAUACGAUUCCUUUCAUUUUUUUUUGUGUUUCCUUUUUGUGAUUAAAAACAUUAACUUGAAGUAUUUUUUUGCACAACCUGUUGAUUUAUUUUAUGUUGUGCCAGGGCCUCCAACAAGAUCUGUAACAUCUUUCUGAUUGGUAGUUUGGUAACCCGUAGACAUUUCACAUACUGUUACUUGUGGAUAAUUACACGUAGCUUUGUUGUGAUUUGUUGAAAAUGUUUCAAGAAAAACGCACCCCAAAGUCGUCAGCCCUCAGCUACAAGGUAAAUCUGUAUGAAAUGGGUUUUACUGGGAAUUUGAAGUUUUCCAGGAACCUUUAGAUUUAUACGAAGUACUGUAUGCCCUUCUGAUUGGUGGGAUGGAUGCCAGGUAUUCUCAUAGACAGAGAGUGACACUUUUGUCUCAUGUGGAUCUGCUGAGUCUGUGUUUUGGAGAUUGUGGAUUUGGAGUGAUAUCAAUCUCUGUCUCCCAAAGUCACUAUUCGAGCUCUUCUCCACUCACUGCCCCGCCCCAAGAUUUUUGGCACUGAGCUACACUUAAAAAUAAAACUGAAAUACAAAAGGAGAAUAUGCAAUUUCUACACAUGGAAAUUUGUACAUAUGUACAGUUAAUGUGUUUGAUUUUAUAUGGUCUGAGAGAGACGAGAGAGAACAAUUGUGAAUUUUUCUUGGAAUUGUAAUUAUUUUUCUCAUUUUUCCCAUUGCUUUCAAUACUUAUGUUUAAAAGAACAGAUUAAAUUGUGGACUGUAGCUUUCUUUUUUAUAUGGGAGUCCUUUUUUAUUUAAUAUUAAACUAUUUACACUAAA